AUGCAGUCCUGGGGCGGCCAGGACCAGAACGCCGCCGACGGUAGUAAUCAAUGGCAGACCGGCUUCGUGUAUCCGGGCCAGAACGGCCAGUAUGACCCGAACCAGCACCAAUGGUCCCAGCCCGGCGGCGCCGGCUUCUCUCAGGUCGGCCAUGGCGCGCAGGACGGCGGCACGGCCGACUUUCAAUUUGACCCGUCGCAACAAGGGCCGGGUGGCUUUCUCGGCGAGCAGCAGCAUCUAGCCGCGUCGCAGCCAAGUCAGCCCGGGUUCCACGAUGCGCACGGCUCGAUCCACCAGCAGUUCGUGACGCCGGGCCAGGACAUGCUAGACCCGUCCUUUGGCAACCUCCAUCCGGGCAUGUUUGGCCAGCAGCAGCAGACCGGCAAGAUUGCUCACGGGCAUGUGGCUAUGGGGCAGGUCCAAAACCACUCCCACACCCAUCCCCAGGCGUUUGCCCAGCAUGACUUUUCCUACCCAGCCCAAGGCGGACAGGCGUUUGGGUCUCCUGCCCCCCCGGUGGCUCACUACAGCCCUCCGCAGCUGAUGGCUCGACCGGCCUCGACGCGUCAGCGAAGCCAUACACCAGUACAGCAACAGCAGCAGCAGCAGCAGCAGCCUCCGCAGCCACCGCAGCAACAACAGCAGCAACCGCAGUCGCAGCAACACUUUGACUCGAACAACAUCCAUCCCGGCCUGGCUCAAGGGAGCGUCUAUCACCGCCCUUCUCAAGCAUCUCCCCCACAGCAGCAUGCGCAGCCGCAGUUGUACUCGGGCCCCAGUCAGGCAUAUACGCCUACGCCAAACGGGCAGCAAGGCCACUUUCAAGCCGGCGUUCACGGCCAUCUGACCUAUCAGCAGUUCCAAGAGCCGGGUGCCCAGCCGCAGCUGCAGCAGCAAAACCACCUCCAGCAGCAUGGGUUUCCCGCGUCACAGCCGACUUACCAGCAGCCUGGUCAAGGAACCCCUGUCCAGCAACCGCAGCCUCAAGUAUCGCAGCCACCCGUUCCCGGCCUGGCUGCGGGAGCCAGCGCAGAGUCUGACGUCGGCACGCCUCAACCAGCGCCGGCCGAGUCUCCGGCAAAGAAGCGAAAACGGGCAACUAAGAGCACUCCAGAAACCGCCGCCGAGUCUCCGGCCCCUGCUGUGAUUGACAUUUCCGCCGAGUCCACGGCCAAGAAAGUAGAAGAGAUUGAUGCUCUCAAGGCGCCUGUACCUACGGCGGAGGAGGCAAAGCUGCUGGCUGAAGCCUCCAAAAGGGGUAAAGCCCACGGCAAAGCUCUCGCAACCAAGGCCAUUCCGUAUCUCGUCAAUUCCGGCACCAUCAAGCUGCCCGCGCCCAAAAGCUUCGACAAGCUUUCCCCGAUGGUUGCCGUUCCGUCACGCAGCGGCAAGCCCGCCGUGAUAGGCCUCGGCUACGCGCUGCCGUGUGAGGUCCAAGGCCGAUUCACCAGCCAGUACAAGCCGUCCCUGGACAAGGCCGGGCUCGACGAGAGAAAGGACGAGGCGAAGGACCUCCUCGGCGACUACGACCGAGCGAUGAAGGCCCUGGGCAAGCGGCAGCCCAAGUACACCGAGUAUCCUCACUCGUUUAAAGAGCAGCUCAAGGCAGAUGAGGCCUCCAGGAAUAAGGCAGAGAAGAAGGCAAAGAAGGAGCAAGAGGAGGAACGUAACAAACCCGCCCGACCCCCGACACGCCCGACGGAUAUCGCCGCGGCUGCCGCCUGGGACGUCAUCGGGAUCGUCAAGAUCGAGCCCUCCGUGGCUCGGACGAGUACUCUCAUCGCAAACCGCGUCAAGGAGGCCGGCGAGUACCUGAUCAACCUGCGCGGCGAGGCCAAUCGCGCCCUCAAGGCGUACGACCAGGCAGUUAAGGACAAGGUGCCCGAUGACGAGGCGGCGGCCCUUAAGCACGAGGCAGACCAGAAGCGGGAGGCGUUGUACCAAGCCCUCGACGCCACGCUCGUCCACGCCGAUGAUGCCGUUAUCGACAACCUCGGUGGACAUCAGAAGCUGGUCCUCAGCCUCGUCAACGCCCUGAUUGCUUGCAGCAAGGUCAACGACUUUUCCGGCAAGCUCCCCAAGAUUGUUCUGGAGCUCUUUACGCACUUCAAAAUUACUAAGAAGAUUGCCGAGACGCCCAACUUUGACACGGUGCGGAAGCGGUUUGAGGAAAAGGGCGACAAGGACGUCAAGGACCUGGUGCGCGAGGUUUCUGCCGCCAUCAGAAAGUUUACCAAAGCCGCCGAGUCCGAUACGGGGUACGCGGGCACCUCGGCGGCCGGUCGCGCGAAGCUGGGCAUCAAGCCCGCAGACUCGGCCAAGAGGAGCAGGGACGAGGAGGAAGACACACGGACAGUCAAGAAAAUCGCCGUCGAGCCUGGCAGCUCGUCCUUGAGCAAGAAGCUGGGCCAGUCCAAGAUUCUUUCCAACAAGGCUGCACCUUCGGCGGCAAAGACGUCGAUAUUACCUGGAAAGUCAAGACCCGUCGCCAAACCUGCCAAGUCGGAGCCGCCAGCGGCAGCCGACAGCCCGAGCGCAUCGGCGGACGAGAAGAAAACCCCGAGCAUCGCUACCAAACCUGCAGUCCCAAAGAAGGAAGUGAAGCCUGUCCCGAAACCGGCUGCCGCCGGCCCGACUUCGUCCGUCGUCUCCAGCAUAUCGUCGCUGCUCGAGUCCAUCAACUCCAAGAAGCCGGAGCCGCAGGCGCCGGUCGUCAAGGAAGACAGGGCUGCGACGCCUGAGACUUCGGAGCAGCGCGCCAAGCGCCUCCGGAAGGAAGCCCGCCGCAAGCUCCGGGUGAGCUGGAAGCCGGAGAGCGAGCUGGUCCAGAUCAAGGUGUUUGAGAAGGACGACGAGGAAGACGAGGGCCGCGACGUGAACCAGCUGCGGGACGCUGCCGACGAUCGAUCCGAAGGCAUGGUCCUCAAGCGCCGCGUCAACGUCAACGUCGACGACGAGGACGACGACCUCCCAUAUCAGCCGUGGGAAGAGCCGUCGCCGACCGACUUUUCUCACUUGCCCGAAGACGUCCGCAACAAGAGUUACGUCACGCGCGGAGGCAGCGUCGGCGUCAGCACUGAGGAGCAGAAGCGUAUCGCCGAGAGGGAGCAGCGAGAGCUCAUGGCAAUAUACACGGACCCCGCCGACAUUCCCGAGUCCAGCAAGUCGCCACCUCCAGAGGAAUCUCUCCCCGUCGAGCCCAAGGUGGGGCGGCUGCCGGACGACCCCAAAUUUGGCGAGCUUCACCGACGCUGGCAGGAGGAGCAGCAGCUGGGCCGGGACUUGGCUUACGAAGCUGCCCUGAAGCGCCUGGACUCCAAGAACAGCCUGUCCACGAGGCUCGAUUCCAUCCUCGGACGCCUUCACCGGCCCGCGGGCCAGGACGCCGCGUCCACGGCGCACAAGUCCUCGGCGUCGGGCGCCGCCGGGACAGUCUCCAAGGCGACCAACGUGCACGUCCCAUUUGCAUAUGGCCCGACCGUGGAGCUCAACGUCCUCGAGUGGCUCAAGUGGGAUAAAAACCGGCUGUGGCGCGAUCCAGACCCGGUGCGGACGGAUCCCGCGCGGGCACAUCAGUACGCCCCGGACGUGGAGCUGGCGGGCAGGGCGCUGGAGGGCGUCGUCGAGCUGCUCGGCGGCAAGCCGUAUCCCGCCGUGGCGCCUCCGCACUGGCUCAUGCACGAUGAGGAGCGGGUGCGGGAGUGGUGGCUGGGACACAACAAGGAGGCGGCGGCGAGACAGAAGCGGCAAGAAGAGGAGCGCGCGCGGGCCGAGGCCGAGGCCAACGCGCUACGAGCCACGGCCGGCUCGCAGGACUGGAGCGCCUACUACGCGCAACAGCAAUACGCGCCGUACAUGGCGCUGCUGCAGCAGAUUAACGGUGGCGCGCAGCAGCCGGCCGCGACGCAGCCUCCGGUAGCACCGCAGUUGCCCGACAACCAGCUGCAGUCGAUCCUGGCCGCUAUCAACAGCCAGCCGUCACAGCAAGCCCAGCAUCACGACGGCAGGGCGUAUGACUUCCCGUCGUUUGCCCAGGGACAACACUCCUCGUCGUCGCAUGCCUCGGGAGACCACGACCGCGACUGGGAGCGGCAGGACCACGCCGGGCGGGCGGGCGAGCAGCACCGCGACGACGACGGCCGGGGGAAGAAGAAGCGCACGCUGCCACCGCACAAGCCGGCCAACAAGGCUCUCAUCGGGACCAAGCCGUGCACGUUCUGGCAGCAGGGCAAGUGCGCGAGAGGCGACAAGUGCACGUUUAGACACGACUAG